CAAAAAACAAUGCUGCCAAUGCACGCGCGGUUUUGGAGGGAGCAUAGCUAGCUGGCAAUAGCGUCAUCGAGUACUUCCGUACUGGCAACACUGUACCGCCGACGCGUUUCUUCCACCAUAUUUAAAUGUUCACAGUCAUACGAAACUUGCCAUCGGUUUCUACGAAUACGUAGAAAAAAAUCACAGUUCCAUUGUCAUAUGCGGUAACCUAUAAUUACAGGUUCCAUGGUAAUCAAUUAUUCCAGGAUGUGAAGGGGUGAAACAGGUGUAGGGCGAUUAAGUAGGAUGUCAACAAUAGCAAUCCCUAUACGUAUACUUUCCAUAUACAUACUGUCAUAUCAUAAACCAUUGAGCGAAAAGGAAAGCGAGAUGUUUGCGCGGCGUUUUCAGUACGCGCGCAAAAUAGUUUCGUAAUCGAUGGAGGGUUUCAAUAUCAACGGACGUACUUUCCCGCGAAUGCGAUCGCUUUCAUCAUUUAUAGCCGAUAUCUGGCGAGUUAUGAGACGUGGGGGCAUCUAGGUGGCACGGGGACAGAAACACCGCUACCGCUCGGUUGGUCAUCGUCGACGCAAUAACGCGGACUCAGCAACUGAUAAGCAAUCCCGCACCGUUAAUGGCUCGCGCUCACGACUUGGCAAAAAGCCAAUGCGUGAUGGUGAAACGAGAAUCUUACAGUAACAUCCAUUCAUUUUCUUUUCUCACUUGAGACGACCCUCUGUGCUGGACAUAUACGUCACAUUAAACGCUAUCUUUACAAACUUUUACUUAUCUUCUCGGUUGAACUACGCAUCUUCAACAUCUAUUUUCUUCCUCGCCUUCUUGGUUUUCGGUAAUGAACGUCGACUACGUUACUAUUCCUUUAUUUUUCUCUUCUUCAAGGUAAAAUUUAAAAAUCAACCCUUUGACUUUAAGACACUUUUCUUUCAAUUUUACUUAUGAUCUCUUUUUCUUUUUCCUUCUCUUUUAGAACUGAUGCCUGUUGCAGCGAGUAGCGAGAAUUUUUACGGACGAUUUCCACGGAUUAUACUUGCCUGACAAGAUGAUUAAAAAGACUUGCACGCUCGCUUUAGGGAUAGCGUGACCUCUUUUUGGCACAGUAAAUCCCGCAGCUUCUUACUCGACCCUUUCAGAAAAAGGUUUGCUCACCCCCUUGGUUAACUGGUAAGCGCCUCGAGCUGUCUGCACGCGCACCUGCUGUGUAUAUCGCUCUAGCCGUUUCUUAACCACGCGACGACGACGACGACGACUUAUGUCCUCUUGAUAGAUAACUUUCCGUGGCGGAGUUACACGUUACCGUCUUCGAAUCACGAUCAAGCUACGUACUGGAAAAGACGGACAAGAAAAUAAAAAUUAUGCCUAUUUUGCUUACUCUCAUGAAUUUUUAGGGAAACUUUUGUAUUCUACAUCCGACGCAUAUAGAAGAAGCCUAUACGAUACAUUCCUAUGAUAAAUUUUCAUCUACGUGCACAGCUUCGUCGAAGGAUUUUCGUGUCGAGGCGGCAAUUUGUAAGAUGAAUGCGUUGUUCCCGUAACCAUCUGUUAAAGCAUGUUUCGCCGUGUGAUACGUUCGAAUUCAACGAUCUAUGGUUACGGAUCGCCAAUGACGGGUAGUCUCCACCAUACUCUCUCUCUCUCCUUCUCUCUUUUUUACGAGGAGGAGACAGCGUAGAUGCAGGGUGGAGACCCGAAUCCUGAAGCAGUGGACCGUGAAUGCGAUACCAGGCUUGCCGUGCCUCGGUAUGGGGGUGGGUGCCGUCAAACAACCGUUCGUCGACUAUUCCCCUCGUGGCACGGUAUCGUGCAGGUAUCCGGUUGCAACUUUAAUUAAUUCUCCAUUGGAUUGAAAUGAUUGCAACAGCUAUCAUUUUCUGCAGAUCUUCCCAUCACAGCCAGGCUUCCUAUAACAGCCUCCACAAAGAAUUCUUAUUCAGGUAGAAAGCAAUAAAAUAGGAAAGAAAGUUAUUGUACAUUGUAUACGCAUCGUUUGCUUGUGGUUGCAUAACAGAAUAAUCUACAGUUUAAAUAUUUACUCGUAAUAGAAUACGAUGCGAUUACGAGCAAGCAUUUAUAAACAAGUCGCGUAAUGUCGCUGAUAUACGCCGCCGCUUUGAACAGAAGGAUACACGUUAUGUAUUGUUUAAAGAAGGAGGUCCUAUUGUUUAUCGAAGGAAAAAAUUGGAGGAAGCCUCGGCAGGUAUAUUGUAGUGUGAAUGAAGCUUUAGAAAUCCAUCUAACGCAAGAUCAUGCCUCUUAUCCGUACAGACUAUCAGCGGUGCCUUUUUAUCCUUGGCUUAAUUAAAAGAUGAUUACCUAAUGACGGUCAUCGAUACUCACAGCCGCUAACGAGCCACGCUGUCGCCGUUCGACAUCUAUAUAGCGAGCUAUAAUUUGAAGAUUUCUAUCUAAAGGCCCGCACCGUUUCUGGCUAUGGGAUUUCUUGAAAAUGAGCGCAUCGGGUAUGCGUGUUCGAGGGCUGAAACCUUCCAAGCAAUUAGCUGUUUAUGGAAGAAAAAAGCUGGCCAACUAGCAAGACGACAGGACGAUGGGGUUGCAUUUGAAGCGUAACAUUAAAAAAAGUAUGAUCCCUGACGAAAGGGCGAAAUGUUUUCUCGUCCGUAUAUCGCGAUCAACCGUUUCCACGCGAUAGAUCACGAGUCACGUGCCGCUAGCUCCAGGCCGGCUCAUCGAUCACGAUUAGUCCUAGGACCUGCCAGAAGUUCAUCGAUUUUCGAGCCACCCCGAAAAUCAACUCGCGUUCAACGACAAUUCAUCCGUUUAUCGUCGGAGAGAAUGGUGCAUCCUGGUUCGCUAAUGUCCUACACGAAAAAAUGAAAAAGAAAUGACAAUUGAAAAAUCAUCCCGGUUCAAGGAACGGAGCUGAUUUUUCGACAACUUUUUAUAAGAAAAAUUGCAAACGACGACAAGCGCUAGACUCCACGUUGGAUUCUUUGGAAGAGCAAUGGAAACGAAUACAAUCGUUUGAUCUUCAAUCCGUGUCUUCGAUUCGUGGAUGCAACGAAUAUUUGAGUUCCCAAAAGGCCGAUGCAAUAACGUCGAAACGAAUACACACGGAACAUUCUUUGUUCCCCCUUCGUAUAAAAUUCUCGUUGUCCCCGGGGUUACUUUGGCGAACAGUUCGUCGUUCACUUUGGGAUCUAUACACUUGGGAGUUUCGCGUUAUGUUUUCGAUCCUCGCCCAACGGAAGCGUCGGCUUCCUUUUGAUCCGUCGCACGCCAAGCGCUCCAGCUUUUAAGCUCGUAAAAGUGACGAGCAGAUGGUUAUACGAUAACGAUAAUUCGACGCAGUGGGCCUUUCGCACGUGCAUACCAAAACAUAAAUCUUAAUUGAAAAUUAUCAGAUAAUAAGGAGACAGCUUUAAAUUGCUUCCUGGAUCAAGCAAACGCAUUAAACAGUAUACUUGGAAGGGGAGAUUUUCUUGAAAACCGUUACAAACGGUGAAUUGUGUUUAACGUUGAAACAGUUGACCGUUCAACGUGAAAGUAACAGAGGUCCCAGGACGGAGAGCAGCAUAGACUUCCCUUCGAAUCGAUCGAGAAUUAAUCCGACUAGCUAUCGCGUCUCGCAAACGUCACUCUAUUGUCUCAUUGUCCAUUGGAGUGAGAGAUAGCCGAAGGAGGAGCGGAGAAGGAGAGAUGACUUUCCUUCGUUCCUAUCUUGCCUCCUUUUCAGAUCGUCUCGAUCCUAUUGGUGGCCAAGGGGAUUCUCUUCUUCUAUGGCCAACUAAUGCCACCAGACGAAAAGAAUCGAGGCUAUGACCUGUAUCCAGACUCAAUUCCUCGAUCGCUUUUCUUUUCUCUUCUAUUAUUUAUUCGUUCGCUCUGUUAAUUAAAGCGCGAACGAUUUAUUUCUUUAGUUUCAUAAUCGUCAACUUGUAACUACCUGCUGCAUCUGAUUCUGUUUCUUUUUCUAUACAGGGUGUCUUAUUGAAAAACCUGAGGUGCGUUUGAUAAAAAAUUCUGCUUCUUUUAAACACCCUGGGCCACCGCGGUGACCUACUUGUCAAAGAACCUGUGAAGAUAGUAACACUUUGACGACCCGUGUCAGAUGAAAGAUAACCGCGAUUUUCUCCUAAAGUCUACGUUAUUAGUUCUUGAUCGAAUCGAUGGAGUCGUUAUCAGUGGGGCAUUAAGGGGACAAAGAACAGAGCACAGAUAUAUCGCGUCUCGUUGCCGAUGAUCAGGGUACACGUAAGAGAUUCCUCGGGUGUAUCUGCUUUACUGAAAAAGGGCGUCAUGCAUGGCUCGCACCAGGGUGUCAUCUGCACCCUCUACUACCAGCCCUUGUCGACGAUCUUCACGGUCAAUAUAACGGACGUCGUAAAAUCAAUUAGCGGCGAAUUGUGCCGCAGCCCGGAUCGUGUACAACAACGAACAAAGAAAUUAAUAGCGUGAUAUUGGUCCACUUGAAAGUUUCCCAUAAGUUGUAUUCAAGUCGCCUCAACAAUGGUUCGCCUUUUCAAAGGAUCGACUGUCCUCCCUCUGCCGUCCGUUUGAGCGUGCAGUAAAUAUUAUCAGGAUCCAUCCACGAUGCAUGAUUCGUCGAAGAGGAGAAGCAUGCAUCAUCCAGAAAUUUCAUCCCCCUACGAGGAGAGUUUCGUGGAAGGAAAGAAAAGGUUCCUCUACUUCUACCUACAACUUUCAGCCUACAAUUCGGUGGCUAGGAACGAGCUUACACCCUUUCGCGCGGUCGGCUCAACCACUCGUGGCCCGACCAACCUCUACCGAGUGCCAAGUGUGGCGGGAAUUAUGCAAUUAUUGCAUUGCGCCCGACAAUUGUCGCGGAAAACGACGGCUGCCUGAAUGGCCUGAGUGUCUCGGGGAAAGGGGAAGGGCGAGAAGCAGGGAUUUCCUCGUCGAUUUACUACCGUGUACCUCGUGGAGAGUUCGUGGAAGUUUGAUCCAUAAAAAAAGGAAUCGAGUCUGCCACUGUUAAUAAAGAUGCCAAUCUAUGCUUUCUGAUGAAUGCGGGUAUAAUAUAGAUUAGCCGAACAAAUAUACAGACCCAGCUGAACGUGGCCGUUUAGACUAUUCUUACUUGCUUCUUAAUGAACUGGAGUGUUCGAUAAGGUCUCCUGGUAAACGGAUAAGAGAAUGAAAAGUCCAAUUAAGAGCCAUUGAUUUAUGAACUUCUGAUUUGAAUAUACAACCCUGGACAAGCAGUCACAAUAUUCAACUGUUGAUAUUGGAUACCUGAAAUUUAAUUACCCCUCAAGAAAAUAAACGAUGAAGAAGUUCAUAUGCAGCUGGGUCGAUUGAAAAUCAUGGGAUCUAUAAAUUUUAUGGUUGGAUGAGGAACUCUUUCUCUAAAGAUCCUUCUUCAUUCUCAUUACCUCUUUGAAACUGAUGAUGAUGACGAUUGAAAUAGUUACAUAAAUAAUAGCUUGCAUAUAUUUAACCCGGAAGCCGUCCGCAAAGGGCUAAAAAGUCUAUUCGAAAGAGAAGAAUGUCUACGUGAAUACGAAGCAGCCAGAAUGACCAUGCCAGGAACUAUAACAACGAGACGAUUCGCAAAUAAAGUGGACCUGAACGAAAUCUGCAAACACGAGCGAGGCAAACGGGCCGCUCCAUUAAUAUUCCUGCAGCAGGAUUCGAGCAAGGAACGUACGGUUCGUCGAGUCUAUCUCUCUCUCUCUCUCUCUUUGGUCGAAGCUAUAAAAAUUAAUUAGCUCUUGAAAGGAGAGGUCGACCGGUGUCUAGAAGCUUGUACGAGUGAGAGACCAACCUCAGGCGACGAGUAGAAAUAAUCAUGGAUCGAACCGAGCGGAGGUUCCAGUUAGCUGCCUCUUGUCAUGGAUCUUCCAAUGGAUGAUAGAUACCAUACCCUUCGAACUGCUUUCGAUGCACAACCUUCCCUCCCGGACGUUGUUACAAGGAAAACUGUAGCAAUCCAGUUCGAUUCGAAAAUGAAAGAGGAGCCUCUGUGAUUCGAAGCAGUAUUAUACAGGACGAAGGGAAAUUCGAUUAUGGCCAGUAUCCACAAAUUGCCUUCUAGUUAGCCGGAGUAUCUUGCGGUCGAACUAUCGCGAGAUAAUUACACUUCAGCCGCUAUAAUAGCAAGUUAGUUAUAGACCCGGGGAUCUUGGUCGGGAACUACGAGACGGUUGAUCGAGCACAUUCACGCCGGGCACCAGCCAAGUCCUAAUGUCACCGUUUUCUUCUGGUAAAGGCAAACUUUGCCUCGUCGAAUGUUUGAGGAAGCCCGUGUCAUCGGAGCUAAUGUUAAACCUGCUUCUGCUGCUUCUUUAUUUGUCUUUCCAUGGAUCCUUCUUCUCGGCUAAGUUAUUUUGAAAGCUUGGACUACAUCGAUUAAAGUUUCCCAAGAUUUGAAAGGUGUCUGCAAAAGUUAACCCAGUGAAGGUUCAGGUUGUGUGCACUGGCGUCCAGCACGAGAGCCCUUCACCAUCGGAACAAUAAAACCAUUCGUGAGAGAGUGAAACACCUCUGGAAACCGUUCUUCAGGUCCAGGAAUACAGUUUGAAAAUGAGAAAAAGGUCACCUGUUAAGAAUGGUUAUAAAACAAAGAUAAUCAACGGCGCCUGAAAAGAGGCAACAAUAAAAGAUGAAUGACUACCCCAUCGUAAACACUCGAUGGAGCUUAUAACUCAGGUGGAGGACCUCACAAGCGAAACGCAUUAAUAGCACCGAAAGGUGGGGGUGAAAAAGGAAAAGGGGUACCAGCUAGUCGGACGAUUUGAAGAUUUAUGCUCAUCCAUCGGCAGGUCUUGAGUGGCUCCUCGAGGAACGGGAUCACCCGCCACGGAAAUUAAUUGGCGGGACGAAGAAGUGGCAGUGAAAAGCCGUCACUGGUUUCCACCCAUUGUACUCCUUGUGGUUAUGACUCGCUGGUGCCGUAGGACAGGCUCGAGAAAGAGAAAAAAAGAGAAAGAGAGGGACUUGGUCGAGGUGAGAGUCCGUAAGUGAGUAGGUAGUUCUUGGGGCACUCGAUUGUUCGACCCUCGAGGGGGUUCGUAGACGAAACCACCGUCUCUGUAUGCACGUUUCUGAGUGCUAUAAAGAAGUCCUGAACGAAACUCAUCCCCCUACUGAUGCCAAACUGCCUCGUAAAAUUCGUUUCGCGACCGUGCCUGCUUCUGUUUCGGCAUCCUUUGAACGAAGAUCACGAUUGGAAGCCUGAGGAAGAUGAUUUUUUUAAGCAAUCUUUUUUAACACCUUUCGUGUGUUAUAUAAGUAAGAAAGUCUAGCCGGUGGAAAAAAUUGAAAAGCCGCGCUAAUUCACUCGACAAUGCCUCCGCAGCACGUUGGAACGAAAGUUUAUCAGGGGACUCUCGCGAGAAACGACCUUUGGCUGGUCGCCAAUCGCGGCACGAUCUUCCGGGGGCUCAUGGCCAAUGACGAGGACCACUCUUGUCGCACGGACUUGCAUAAUUUAUUAUCGACGAACUUUUCCUCGAUUUCAAACGUCGAAUGCCUGCGCUCGGUAACGAAAAAUUCGCAGACUGGCCGACGAUUAAACGCUGACCUUGCUAGUUCCGUUUGCUUACGUAGAGCGUCAUUCGAUCAUCGAACGAUUCUCCAACGUGUCAUUGCACUUGACUCAGUCGAAUUUAUGGUUUUUCAUUUGUAAAGUAUUACACAGUGGAUGGAAAGCCUUUGAUUAAUGGUUCGUCGUGGCAGCAGUCGUUCGCGGACCAUUCGCGAUCCGCGAGAUGGAAGAGAGACGAGGGUACCGUGGUUGUUCGCCCUCGAAACGAGACGUUGGUGACGCACGGUGAUGGAUGCACCGGCAUUUACCAAAGUCGUUCGCGACUCUCGCUCGAGUCGCCUAGACGAUAGAAGGAUCAGGGUGUAAAAAAACAGCGAGGGAGGAAGGACAAAAGAAAGAGAAACGCGAGGGAGGCGGAGGCGAGAUCCAAAGACGACCAGAGGGGAAGAGAAAGAGGGUAAAAAGUGGUACUCGAUAGGAAGUGUUAAGAGGAACCGUGAUUCAUUGAACAUGAACGAAUGUGCAUUUUUUGAAGAGUUGAGUCACGGUCCACGGAAGUGCACGAUUUAUGGAAGAGUUUGAACGCUCAGGAUUUUUUGGAUCAUUCGUUGCUGAACCGUGCAGAUGAGGGUGCUACGAAGAGAAAGAAGACGAAUCGUUUGGAUCCGGUACUCGAUGCUGCUGGCAUUAGGGUUGCUCCUGGUGCUGUCGGAUGCCAGAGCUCUUCAUCAACAAUCGAACGUCCUCCAGUUCUCAAACUCCUCCUUAGAAAUCAGCAGGACCUCUAAUCGUGGCAUCUCGGUCACCAGGAUCUUAAAGGACGGUGAACUCGAACGGAUCGUUCGUUUUCCAGGAAUCUGCGCCAAGGAAACCAUCGUCGAUUGGGGAGGCACCGAUGUGGCGUUAAGGCAAGUCUGGCUGCAGGAAACAGGCAGAAGAUUGCAACUGAUAUACGAGGCUGGUGGUUUGACCGAUUGUCUGGAUGAAAAGGUUGAUGACAACGAUGACCAGGAAUCCUGCUCGUCGAGUGUGUACUCCGAUGACUACGACGAUGAUACGUCCGUUGAAAUGUUCGAUGUAGACGAGGAGAAUCCUUCCAGGAUCCCGCAUAGUCUCUCCUGGCUAUCCUCCACGUCUGAACUACGUCAUCGGUGCUCUCAUGUGAGGACCAGGGCGAGGAAUCAACUCAUUGCUCAGCACCGUCGCAGGAAGUUUGUGAAACUGUUGAAUGGAACAACCAGCAACCACAGGCAGAGAAAGGGCAAGAAUCGUUCACGAAGAGAUCUGCUGAUGAUCCCAGGAACGCAAUGGUGCGGACGUGGUCAUCGUGCCACGAAAUACACGAAUCUAGGAGGUUUCGGCAGAGCAGAUGCCUGCUGUCGUAGACACGACACUGCGUGCCCUUUCUUCAUACCAGCUUUCGAAACGCGUUACGGUCUCUUCAAUUGGGGUAUCUCCAGCAUGAUGCACUGUGCCUGCGACGAACGAUUUCGAACGUGUCUGAAGAUGGCUGGUACGUCAUCGGCUAAUUUCAUCGGUAAAAUCUUCUUCGACGUGUUGAAGACAAAGUGCUUCAUCCUGAAACCGCAGAAGACGUGCACAAAAUGGUCCUGGAUGGGUAAAUGCCAACAUCACGAGUAUAGAAAACAGGCUCACAUUCGCGACAAUGUUCCUUAUUAACGCGUUGCCUGCUACGCUAGAUUCGCCGAAAAUCGUUCCAAGGAGUAAUUUUAUUUUGAAAAGCUCCAGUCUAUUUACUGUAACUAGUUCUAUCUAAUGGACGUACUUUCAAGUAUUUAGAAAAGUUAUUUAUAUUGUAUUUGGGUAAGAUCAUUUCCCAUCAAAUGGGUGAUAGAUCCCUGUGGAAAUUCAUGCGUAUGGCAGUCAACGUGCUACUAAACCGUGAAGAACUGUAACGAGAUAGCCGAAUAUCCUUCUUCUAGAGAUGUCAAUACCAAUUCUCAGGGAUGUAAUAGUUUAACGAAGACGAAACGAUCAUCCUGCUGCAUCGUCUGAUCCCACGAAUGACAAUACAUAAAUCAUGAAAAGACAACUUCGUAAUCGUUAGAGUAGAAUGUUAAUUCGAUUUCAUUUUAUUCAUCAGUCGUAAGAGUUUUCAUAGAUUCAUCUUUGUACGAUUCUAAUCUAUAAUACAUUGAUAGGAUAUUAAAGGAAAUACAAUGAAAUCGUUCGAAAUAGACAGGGUAUAAUUUCUAUUAUAUAUACGCUAAUUGUGUAGUCGUCAUCGUCCUAAAAGAUGCCAAAUAAAUUAUUCUGUAGAUAAAUUAUGGUGAAAUUUGUACAUAUCGAGUAGUUAUAAUUUUUCAAGCAUGAGAAAAUUAGACAGGAUCAACGCUAGCUUAGUUAAACCAAGGGUAAUCAUUAAGAAAUGAAAACGAGUAAAUUUUUCGUCUAGAAACUGUACGUGAUUUAUCGUUCAUUUUUACUUAAAUUUAUUUCAUGCUAACUGUGUUCGUCCACGUAUUCGGUAUGUUUGUAUUUAUGUAUGAAUGAGGUACAUUCUUAGAAUAUGUAAAAUGCUGAUGACUAAGUAGAUAGAUAUUGUAACAGAAUCAUAUGGCUGAAACGUGAUAUUUCAGAAACUUAAGGAUAGAUACAAAACAAUAUCUUAAAAAAUAUCAUAACUCGUAUAUUAUCGUAGUAAGUUUGUUUUUACGUAUUAUUGCAUUAUAAAUUUAUGUGUACAUUGUAUAAAUGGAAAUAACACGCACACAGUUUGCAAACUAUCAAGAAACUAACUAAUAGGUUUAUCAUUGUAAAUAUGUAUAAUAGGAUGUACUAUCAUCUUUAACAAAGUGUAAAACAUAUUACAAAAAUGAUUAGAAUACAAUCUUACGAAGCGA